GUCAGAAUUGGAUAUGCUUAAAUCAAUCUAUACUUUUAAGAGCAUUUAUUACUUGUUCCUGAAAUUGUAGAGGUUUUGAAUGAUAUUUUGAUCAGAUUGGACUGUAUUUUAUUUUGUUGACAUAACUAGAUUAAUAUUUUUUAAGUUUACUUGGGGAUAUACUGCAUUAGAAAUGGAAAGUCUAUUUAUUAUUAACACCCAAGGUGAUGUCUUCCUUGAAAAACACUGGAGGAGUGUAAUUUCAAAAGGAAUUUGUGAUCAAUUUCUUGAAAAAUUGAAAAUAUCUAAUGAAGUUAUACCGGUAAUUCCUACAUCAUUUCAAUCCACGAAUCUCGUUUCAAUCGGUAGAUGUGGAAUCUACUUAGUAAGUGUAUGUAAAGCUGAAAUAUCUCCACUUUUUGUACUUGAAUUCCUACAUAGAGUUCUUGAUACUUUUACCGACUAUUUUAAUGAGUGCAAUGAAUCUAUAAUUAAAGAGCACUAUGUUGUGAUUUAUGAGCUUUUGGAUGAAAUGCUUGAUAAUGGAUAUCCACUUGCAACAGAAUCAAAUGUACUAAAAGAGCUGAUUAAGCCACCAAACAUUCUCAGAUCAAUUGCAAAUUCUAUGACUGGAAAGACAAAUUUUAGUGACACACUUCCAGUUGGUUCUUUAUCAUCGAUUCCUUGGAGAAAAUCCGAUGUAAAAUAUACAAACAAUGAGGCAUAUUUUGAUAUAAUAGAGGAAGUGGAUGCAAUAAUUGAUCGUGCAGGAACAACAAUAUUUGCUGAAAUUUCAGGAGAAAUUCAGUGUUUGACAAAGCUUAGUGGAAUGCCUGAUUUAAAUCUUUCAUUUGUUAAUCCAAGAAUUUUAGACGAUGUUUCGUUCCAUCCAUGUGUAAGGUAUAAAAAAUGGGAUACUGAAAAAGUUUUAAGCUUUAUUCCACCUGAUGGAUCGUUCCGUUUGAUGUCUUAUCAUGUUACUUCCCAGACUGUCCCCAUUCCAAUUUAUAUACGACAAAAUAUUCAUUUGAAAAGUGGUGAUCAAGGAAAAUUAGACAUAACAGUUGGACCUAAAACGACUCUAGGACAUCCAUUAGAAAAUGUCAAGCUUGAGAUUCUUUUUCCGAAAAAUGUUUUAAACUGCAGCUUAGUGACAACGCAAGGAAAAUACGUCUUUGACCAAAAUACAAAGAUUCUGAUUUGGGAUGUUGGCAAAAUUGAUGUCCAAAAGCUUCCAAAUAUUCGUGGUAGUGUUAUAACAUGUCAAGGAAGUGCAAAUGAAUCCAUGCCUUCUAUAAAUGUUCAAUUCACCAUAUCGCAGAUUGCAAUUUCGGGACUUAGAGUCAACCGUCUUGACAUAUAUGGAGAUUUAAAAUAUAGACCUUUUAAAGGCGUAAAAUACGUGACAAAAGCAGGAAAAUUCCAAAUUCGUUUGUAACAUUUAUUAACAUAUAUCACUAGCUAGCUCUCAGAGACAAUCUCAACAGAAAGCCGAACGAAAACAUUUAUUUGUGAAAAUAAUAAAAUUAAAUUUUGUAUUCAAUAUUAAACAUUUUUUAUUUCAUUUUGUUUUUAAUCAGAGACCAAAAUGAAUGAAAUAAAUCUGUGAUAAAAAAAUAUCAUUAUUUUUGAUGAUGAAAAAAAUUAUGAUUUUUUUCAUCUACGUAAAUUAUUACGUAGAAUUUCAUCACGUGAGAAUCAUUUUUACGUAGGAUUUCAUCACGUAAAGCAAAAAAUGACGUAUAAAAUGUUUUCAUGCAAGUUUUUUAAGCAAAACUAAUCUAUUCUAUCUCUUGUUCUUAUUAUUUAGCAUUAUUAAUACAUUUGGUGUGAUUUUACUGCAUUUUUUCGUUUACGUGAUGCAAUCCUACGUAAAAAUGAUUCUUAUGUGAUGAAAUUUUACGUAAUAAUUUACGUAGAUGAAAAAAAUCAUAAUUUUUUUCA